AACUGGAAAAUUAUAACUCGCACACGCGACCCGCCACUGUCUGUCGUCUCUGUUUGUACGAUUCUGUUUUGUUUGGGCCUCUAUGCCAAGCAAAUAUAUUACCACACAUCAGUUUCUAUUUAUGUCAAGUCCAGCGCGGUUGUUUUGCACCAGAACUUAAAAUCGCUUUAGUUUACGAAUACUAAAAAAAUAAAGAAAAAAUAUAUAGAAAAUCAUAAAUAAAACACUAUUGUGCAAAAACUAAACUAAAAACGGAACACAGCACAACAACAGCAAAGCCACAGGAAUUUUAAUUGUGAAAUUGAAAGAAAAACCAAUCAAAUAAACUAAUAAAAAUUAAAAAUGCAUUUGAAUAACAUCACCAAGGGAAUUUUGCCGUUAAUAUUAAUUGUUGGAUUAUUUAAAAUAACAGGAAUUGAAGCUGAGGGAAAUCAGAAGGGAUCUGGUGACAAUAGUAAACAAACAGCUGAAUACGAUUAUAGUGACGAGGCUGAAGUACCCAAUGGUGACAUUUCAGCUCCCAAGUCAACAGUAAAACCCUACUUUGAAAAUAGUUUGAUUACUGUUUAUGCAACAAAAGAAGUUGAGAAUGUUACCUUACAAUGUUUACCUAAAAAUUAUCAUGAAUCCGAACAUCAGAUUUUAUGGUAUAACGACGAACAUCCCAUAACUAAUGGCAACACAUCUUUGGCAGUUGAUAAAUAUACAGUCGAUAAUAAAUAUCGCCUGACCAUACUCAACUACAAUAAAGACAACACUGGAAAUUUCUCAUGUGCUGUUCUGCCCACAGAAGUUCGCCAAUAUGUUGCGAUCGAAUUUGGAGCUCCCCCAGAGAAUAUCACCAACCAGAAUGGUGGCUCUAACACACUGAUUUUUGAAAUGGGUUUAAUGCUGACAUCUUUAGUACUUAUAGUUUCAUUAAAUUAUUGCAAAUUUUAAAUGAAUAACUUAGUAGAAACAGAACAGAAACAAAAAAAAAAGAAUGAAUGAUAAAUUUAAAUUGCGCGCAUUAAUGAGGCUGAAACUUUUCUAAUUUCAAAUAAUGCAAAUGUAUGUACUUAUAAAUGCCUGGAUUAUAGAAAAAAAUACCAUAUUACAAAAAAAAAAAGAAUUCAAAAGCUUCGCUCCACUAUUAAAAACAAUAGCAACCAAAAAUCCUUUUGAAUGCGAUAAUCUAGAUAAAACUAAUAGAGAAAAAACAAAAACAAAAAAAAACAUUUAGACACUUUUAAAUGUCGACAACAGUGUAUAAUUUAAAUACAGAUACCUAAUUAUUUAUAUGCAUAUUUAGCAUAUCAUGGAAUAUGGAUUAGAAGCGAAAGUAUUAUUUUAUUAAUGUAGCAAUCAUGAUUAGAGUAAAAAUUUAGUUAAAUAAAGUUACUUUCCAUUGCACUUCUCGUCCACAUUCUAUGGCAUGCAAAACUGUUUCUUUUGCUUAUAAAUAAUAUGUAUUUUUCAAAGGAAUAUAAUUUCGAAUGUCGGGCGAAACUCCAAAAAAUAAUGUACUAUGUAUAAACUCGCCAAGAUCACAUAAAUUAAAUUGUUGUAUGAACGAAUGAAUGAAUGAAACGAUCACAGGAAGCAAGCAUUAUAUGAUCAGGUUAUUGAAGAUAAACUACAUACAUACAUAUCCAUAUCAGUGCUGCCAUUUAUAUCAUAUUCGGUGCUAAAUUCUUUCAACUUUUUUUAAUCUAAUUUCAAUUAAAUAAUUUCGCCUUUAUUAAACAGUUUAAAAUAAUUUUACAGGUUAUAGAAAGAAUAAAUAAAUAUUACAAAGUAUACAGAUAGGUUUGACGAGACAGAAGAUAAGCAAAUUAUAUAUUUCUCUCUUUCUUUCAGAACUGCCUAUGUAAUAAAAGCGAUUUACUUUAAAAACACAAAAAAUUAGGUACCAAAACUCUUUCCAUCAGAGCUGAUGUAGGAAACAGAUUUUGUCUUUUCAAAACUGUCACCUCGGUGUACUUUGUGUUAAAUAUAUAAAAGAUAAUGAUUAGAUUUGUUGAGCUGUAGAAUAAUAAAUUUAAUAUAAUUUCUUGAAAAGCGAUUUCCUGGCAUCACUGAUUUUUUACACAAUAUUAUGUAAUGUAUGUAUGUAUGUAAAUAAUUUCUUAUGUAUUUAUGUGUAUAAGUAUAUUUACUAGUUUUUUACUACUUACUAUUAUUAAAUGUAUAUUUUUUUGUAAAUUUAAUUAGAAAAUAUUAAAUAUAUAUAUACUAUUUAGAUUCUUUUGUUUUUGCAAAUUCUUUUGUAUUCCAUUACAUUGCGAAUUGUAUGCCAAAGAUGAUUUCGAGUGCCUCCAUAUGUAUUUUUAAUUCAUAAUUGUUUAAUUAAUGAUUUUUAUAACAUAUAAAUAAGUUAAAUUUUUUUUUAUGUAACCACUAUACUUUACUACACCCCACCAUACGUGCUUAUACUCUAAAGUCUGAUGAUGUCCGUCAUCAGUCUGCCUGUAAUAUAUUGUUUCGUAAUGUUAUCGGACAUGUUCCAUUGUAAAAUCAUCCAGACAAAGAAUGUACGUAUUAAAAGGUCUUAAAUCAACUCGAAUAAUUGGUAUUAGCCGUAUGGUAUUAUUUGGUCUGGUUCCACCGACUAACUGUAUGCUCGCUUAUGAAUUAAUUUCAAA